CCCGCCUUGUGUUCUUUUCUCCCUUGUUUUCACCAGUCGAAAAUCCCUUCUCCUUAUAAGCCCUAUGUUCGAUUGACGCCGAAGCAGGAACUAUUCUUGCUAGGGCUUUUUUCAAGAACAAAGCUCUCGGUGUUCUCUGGCCUCUACAACAAUCAUCGAUCAUGACUGUGCUUGAAUAGUUGAAUGUACCGCUUUCUCAACACGCUUUCUUGCUCGUAUCUGUCUCUGAUUAUCCCUCAUGACUUCCACGUACAAACAUUAUCGAUCAUGAAACGUCUUCAAGGUAAUUGUCAUUCUCCCUCUUCUUCUCUAUUCUCUUUUGUUACGGCCGAGCAACCUACCGCCUCCACUACCGCCAUCACACCCUUCUACUAUGCUCUUCUUCCAUCACUCUAUGAGGAAAAACCUAAAACCUUCUAUCGCCAUCACAUCGAUGCUUCACCUACUGAAUCAAUAGUUACGACAACUACCUCGUCAUCCAACGAUCCCAAGCAAAACCUAAACCAAGUCAUCAAUUCAAUUCAGAAAACCCUAGGAACCAUCCAUCGGCUCUGCCUCACUGACUCUUCCUUCAAUGUUUCCUCCCAACUCCCGCUUCGAUAAGGGAGGAGGCGACGGCGGAUAUGAUUCCAAUGAUAGCAAGGGGUUUAGCUCUGGUCCUCCGGAUUAUGGACAAAAGCCUUAUUCAACCACUGUUGUAUCUUCUGCUUAUGGUUAUGGCAACCCAAGUAAAAAUAUCAACAUCCCAAAUGGAAGGGUAGGUGUGAUAAUUGAUCCUAAUUCACUCACCCGAACUGUAGAGCUAACAGGUACUUCAGAAUCAAUAGCAAAGGCUGAGAAGUUGAUUAAGGAUGUGCUUGCUGAGGCCGAGUCAGGCAGUUCUGGCAUAGUUUCUAGAAGAAUGCCUGGUUGGUCUUAUUAUUGGUAAAGGGGGGAGACCAUAACGAAUAUGCAAGCCAGUACAGGAGCU